UUGUGAGGCAUGCAAUCUCACACUUCAUCUAAAUUUGUAUGAUCAACACAUAAAUGGGAAAAGGCAUUUGUGGAAUCAGCAGCAAUUUGACAAAAGAUACAAAACUAUUUUCGUCCCUGGCGCCAAUGCUGUAAGUGAAAAACAUUUAGAGCAUAUUUUCUCAAAGUAUGGAAAAAUUUCCAAAAUAACUAGACUCAAAGGCAAGACUUAUGUCUUCAUCCAAUUUAUCGAAAAGGACGCAGUUCAAAAGGCCCUGAAAGGAAGAGAUUUUGUCCAUGGGAGAAGGCUCUUUGUAACCCAAUAUAAAGAUUACAGUGUGAGACCAGAAGAGGAGUUCAAAAGGCGAGGAGAGAGAGAAAGGGCCUUAUCUGAGACUAGUUCAACCUUGUCACAAGUGGAGGGUACAGAAUUGCCAGAAGGAAAGAUAGGACUGAAGGAGAUGCCUGUAAAAUUGGCUGACCUAGGAUUGUGUUCUGCAGACGACGCCAUUCUGUGGCAGGCUGCGGACUUUGUCUCUCAGGUGGAACUAUCGCCAGAGAUGUAUCAAAGUCUGGAAGAGGUUAAAUCUGACAUAGAAAAUCUUUUCCACCCUGUCAUUCCGUAUUGUCAAGCCAUUGUCUUUGGCAGCUGCGGUUCAACUCUGGCAUUCAAAAAUAGUGAUGUUGAUCUAUUCCUUCAAAAAGAUGGAGAACCUUUAAAGAACUUUGUGCGGAAGGAAGGCAAAUUGAUGUACAGAUCGCGACAUUUUAGAAACAUUGUUUACAUCCCGAGUGCUAGGAUUCCCAUCAUCAAGUUCCAACAUGUCAAGACUGGUUGGCAAGGUGACCUGACAGCCAGUAGUCAGCUGGGUGUCUGUAACACUCGGCUCAUCAGGUUCCUGGUCUCAUUGGAUCAUCGUAUCAAGCCUUUAGUUAUGAUCAUCAAAUAUUGGGCCAAGGUAUGUGGUAUCACUGACUCCGGUGCUCAUAGAGAGUUUACCACGUAUUCUCUGGUGAUGCUGGUGAUAUUCUACCUACAACAGCUUGACGAGCCGUUGCUGCCAACCAUCGCACGACUGCAGCAGAUGUGUCAACACAAGCAGUACAGUCUCGGCUGGGAGUGCAGCUUCUGUGAUGAGGAGUGGAGUGUUCAGUCCCAAUGUCUCCCUCCAAACAACAUGUCUCUGCGACAACUACUGACUGGCUUCUUCAAGUUCUACUACAACUUCGAUCUCGACAAUGUCAUCUGUCCUCUCCUAGGAAGAUCUGUUCAUGUCAAAGAUUUCGAGACUGAAGACGGAAGCGAACUUCCCGAGGAAAUGGUGUUGUACAAAGAAAGACUCAAGAGUGACCCGAAGUGCAAGUUUAAAACAGACACAACCUUCAGGGUCCAAGAUCCGUUUGAGUUGUGCCUUAAUAUAACUAGAAACGUUGUAGACAAAACCUGUUCAGUUUUCAAAGAAGCGUGUAAAGUGUCAUUGGAGCUGUGCGAGCAACAAGCGGAUGACGCUUUGUUGGAAGGUUUGUUCAGUAUUGAUAAAGACUCACUUGAUCUCGGUGACGAUUUGAGUAUAAACAUUACUUGUGGAGAAAUGUCUUUCGAUGGUUCACAGACUUCCGACAGUGCCUUUACAGAAUGGUGCCAGAUGACCAAACAGUCAAUAAUGUUAGUUUUGGAACACAUUUAUAAAUUGGAUGUCAACCUGCAAAAAGAAAAGGUUUUUAAGAAAGUAAAGAAAUUGGAGUCGUCACAGGAUGUUCACAAUCUUGACUCUACACAUGAAGAUAGCCAAAUAUUUGAGUGUUGUUGUAAAGUCGAUGUUUGGCAACGUCGCAAGAAAAAGGAAAAGUCUUUGAAUAAAAUGGAUUUUAAUUUGAAUUCGUUUGAAAGAGAGGUUUGUAUAUCCAACACUCUUUUUCACCCAAAUGAUAACAAACCAUUUUCUUUUACUAUAAAUCUUUCAGUGCUGAAGUCAGCAAAAUCAAAGGGGAUAAAAAUGAACGUUCAUGUAAAAAGGACACAACAUAAACUGAUAAAAGGGUUUAUGAACUCUAUGAGAUAUGAUUUCAAAAUAUUUGUCUCCCAAGCGCAAGAUUUUGUCGUCAGUGUUAAAAAGUCAUCUCCACUCGAUGGAAAAGAUUCAUUAAAAGGAUUGUUACAGUCGAAACUUGAAAAGUUACCUGAUAUAAAAGAUUUAAUGAUGAAAGAGUCCAUUAAAAGAAAUGCUGCUAAAAUUGCAAUGGAAAAAGAGAAAAGGUCUACGACUCAAAAACAUUGUGAAAAGAGUUGUGAAACUGUAAGCAAACCUUCUCCUAAUGAUGAACAACAAACAGUAAAUCAAGUUGCAUCACAUGAAAACUUGCCAACUCAGGAAACUCAAAAACUUAUCAACAAUUUUUUCAAGCCAACUAAUCAUGAGGGAUCUUGUAAAAGCUUAAAACAUUCUGAAGUAGGUAAGUUUAACAAAUUACUGAAUUCCAUCCAAAAAAAUGAAACACAAUCAACAUUUACUUCUAAAAACACUAAUGCCUUUCUGGCAAGUAUUGAAAAGGUGGCCUUAAACUCUUCAGAAAUGUUAAGUAAUUCUGAAACUGAUCAAACAAAAAAUCUGAGUGGAGAAAAAAAGUCUUGUAAUUUAGAACAACAAGGUAACUCAAAGAAAAUUGAAGAAAACAUUGAAGAUCAAGCACUUGUGGUAAAGAAAGUUGAAGAAAAAAUAGAUGCACUCCUACAGAUGCAUCGAGCACUUAUAGACAACAAACAAGAUCAAGAUAACCAAAAUCCAACUGAGAAAAGAACAGUCAGUGAAAUAAAUGACCCUGUACAAAGUGACUGUCCAAAAAUAAUUGAAAAACUGCCUUCUGCAAGUGUAGAAACAGUAGAGGCCAAAAAUGAAAGUGAUCAUAAAAUUAAUCAGAGUAUUGAUCCCAAAACUGUCAUAGAACGGCCAAAGAUCUAUUCAGAAAGACCUAAGAAACAGUGGAAGCCCAACAAGACUUGUGGUAACCAGAAAGCACCUCAAGAACCACGGUUGUGGGUUGGAGGUGGACCUCCUAAUUGUCUACCAUACCAUAGUCAAAGUCAACCACAAGCUGCUGCUACCAAUAAACCCAGCUCUUCUACCAAGUCACACUGUAGCAUUCAGAAUCAGAAAAAGUGGUAUCCGAGCUUGCAUAAAGACAUUAACUAACAAAAUACUUAGAUUUUAAUAUGUCUUAGUGACAAAUAUCUGUUAGGAAGCAGUUGCUUGUGUAAAGACAGUAAGUAAAUGCUUUUAUUUUAAUAUUGUUUUACUGACUAACAUCUGGUAGUAAUACCAGUUAAACAAUUUGUUUCCCUUUAUAGGACGACUAAGUGUAAUGGUUGUAACCAAAUCACUGAAUUGGUUUAUGUUUCAAAUUGAUAAUAUAUUUUACCUUGUACAUUGACAGUUGCUUAAUUGACUGUUUUGUAAACUUGAUUACACAAUAUAUAUAUGUAUAUAAAUUUAAA